CAGUGGCUAGAGACGUUAUCAGACAUGACUCAGAAUAGAAACCAGUGGCGAUCCUGCUGUAGCUUCCUUUUACUUCAUAAAACUAAUGUAACUUCUUUGACUGAAUUCUUUCUGGUUGUAUUUUUACUAACCGAACUGCUUUUCCCCAUAAUGAUGUUUUUACUUCACUUCUAUACUUUAAUUUCUGUUCAUUGUUGUUCUUCCUUUUAUUAUACGCAUUUUACGCCUCUUAUCUCUUCACAUCCUCAUUAUUAUUAUGUGAUGCAUAUGUAUUUGGUGUCCUCCUUGUACCAAUGUUUAUGUGUUCAGAUGAACUAAUAAAUCGAUGUAAGAAGAAUUUGUAUUCUACAACCUCAAAACCUCCUACCGGUUUUUUGGUCGUAAACAAGAAAUUUGCUGUGACCAAUGCCUUUGUCAAGAAGUUGGUCGUUCUGGAUAUAAGCAAGUGGAUAGUGCAUGAGGCUUUCUGCAUGUAUUGUGACAGCAUUCUCGAUAUAGACGUUGCAAACUGAGUCAUUGUGAAUAACUAGUCUGUCAUCAAAUGUGCAGUCUUGCAUUAAUUGGGUGUUAUACACGGAAACUAAUUUCCUUUAGAUGAUUUUUAUGCAACUAAGGAAUCAAUUGCUUCAUCUAGCGAAUAUGAUAUUCACUUAAAGAUUCAAUACCACCUUAAUUGACAAUUAAUUUCCUAUAUUCCCCCAAAGUUCGCCUUUAUUUUCAUGUUUUACUGUGCUCGAAACAUUUUUGUGGUAUUCUGAUAAAGUGUGUUGUUUCAAAUGGCAUUCAACUGUUCAGUUAUAUUUGGGGUUCUUCCUAAACAUUCUUUUGCCAGUCAUUGUAAAGGAAAUCGUGACCUUUGUUAUAGUUAAUCUCAUAUAUUGUGGUUUGUUAUUCUGUAAUUACACGACUAAUAAUCUUUCACAAAUUAAUCCUUAUCAAUCAACUAUAUUUAAUGCCGCAUUGUAAUAAUCAUACAAACCUGUUUGAAAAACAAUGGGUUUCAUUUCGAUAUCAAAACAUAAGCGUUUGGGAGUAUGUUAUUACAAAUUGUUGGGAAGAAACAUAGAAAACCUUGUACCAUACCCCAUAACUUCUCACUUAGCUAAUUGAACUGGGAUUUAGAAUUUCACCAAUAAAUCAUUGAUCUUUCUUCCCUAAAUAUGUCAGUUUCUGACUGUUCUGCUUUUUAUGACAAGGUCAUUUGUGGUAACUUGUACUGUAUUGUACAGAACGUUGGAACUUGUCGGUAUAUGUCGGGUGAUUGAUAUUCGUCAAAACAAAUAUCCAGGGCCCCAAAUCUUUCUAAUUAGAAAUAACGUCCUAAAUACAAAUUGCCUUAUUAUCUUAUUCGGAGACUUGCAGUUGUUGACUACGUGCACCGUGUGGGUCACUUCAUUUUGAAUUACAUGUUUGCUUUAUUAGUCAAAAUAUAACAAAACAAGGUGGGAGUAAACAAUUGGCAGAUCUGCUCGCUUUCUUAACGUUGUAUAAUUCAGCUAUUGAAGUCUGGUUAACCUGUGAUGAUGAUUGUGAUCAAUCGUAGCCGUAAGAAAUUAAAUAGCCAAAUAGUCAAUCAAAUAUAGUGCCUUGAUGCUACCAUUAAACCCAAAUGUGAUCUACUUACAAUGAGUUUAUGAAGUCAGGUGCAACCAGCCGAUAAUAUGAUGGUACGAAGAGUGUAAUAAUUAAUUACUUCUGGGUUUCUGGUAUUAAUAGUCUAGUAACCAAUAUAAGGCCAAUAAAUAUAGGAUACUAGAUACUUCAAAUGGGAUAGGUACUACCGAAUUUCGAAACCCUAAGAACAUGAUAAUGAUUACUUGCUGUACAUGGUAAGUGAUUUAUGAAGGUAAAACUAAGUUAACCUUAUAAGCACAUUAUGAAUGGGUGGUGCUAUGCCAACUAAAACUUUUUUUGACACCCCAUGACGGAACGUGACUCCGAAAUAUGUAUUUGAUUGCAUUAGCAGUUUUUAUUACAUUAGAUUGCAUAAUACUAAGUAAAUUACGAAGCUUAGAAACAUAUUACUUUUUAUCAUUUCCUUAGCUAUAAUGAGUUGUCCGAUUUGUGAAAAUCGUCAACUUAUAGAAGAUGAAAACACUGGACAGUUGAUUUGUUCAGAAUGUGGAACUGCAACAGGUGUUUAUAGAGGGGUUACCCAAUCCCAGGAUUUCUCUGAAACCCGCGGAUUACGAGUGAUUCAAAAGACUGAACUUAUAGGUAGUCAAUCCAACCAAGCAGCUACAGAUAACAUAGCGGACACAUCGAGAUUUGUAAAAGUUGAGUCGGAUAGCACACAUGACCAAAAUAUGAAUUUUGUUUGUCGUGAAGACCUGUUGAACACAUUAGAUGAUGAUCUCUUCAGCGCGAAUGAGGUGAGCUUCACUAAUCCUAUGCAGAAAGAAAAGUGCUUUGAAAGCCAUCGUCCUUGGCGGUUGUCUGAACCUUUCACUUUCAUAAUGAGACGUCAAGCAAAUUGUUUGGCUAAAGAAUUAAAUCUUUCUGUGGAACAAAAAGUAUCAUUUUGUGAUACUGUUUGGAACAUAUGGCUCCACUAUUUGUCUAUAACUGGCGAACUUGGCUCUGAUGCUUGGAUAAAUGCAGCUCUUUUAUUGGCAAAGUCGCUUAGUGAAGUACUUGAAAGCAAGAUGAUUCCAGAAGAAGAGAAGCCUACUAAUAAAAUAUUACGGAAACACAAAACAUCGGAUCACUGUUAUAUGAUUACCCAGCGUGAACACGAAUGGGAGCUCAUAAAAACUCGUCUAAGUCAAUUUCAGUGGGUUGGUUGGGGUCUAUUGUAUGAACCAGGGGAAGGUCGGGAAAUAACUAAUAUCCUACAUUUGUCUCGAAAAAAAAAGGCAUCGAAAAAGGUCGACAAAAGUAAAAAAUCUAAACGACGUGGACGUAAACGGAAAGACUGUAGUGAGUCUGACUCAUCAGAAUCCGUUUUUUCUGAUAAAAAUCCUGAUGACGAUGCUCAAUCCAUCCAUUCAUCUGAUUUGAGAAACCCAGAUGUUCAUGAUUCGGACCUGUCUCAUCAACCUAAAGCUGUGGAAUCGGAAUUAUUCCCUAAUAAUGAUUGGACACAAGAAAUACCACCACAACAUUUCGCCAAACAACUAUCUCAGUCACGACCGAUAGGUCAUUUACUUUGGCGUGGUCAAAUUGAGGGUGGUUUUCACUGUCGUGUGUUAAUGGAGUAUAAUGUGGCUAUUUUGUUUAUCGCUUGUUUAACUACUUGUCCUGUACGAAAUGCAGUCAAUCCAUUAUUUUCUUCACAUUUUAUAAAUCCAGAUUUCCCAAAUAAUCCAUGUGCACUUACUACAAUGAUUACUUUAAAAGAUUUACAAGACCUAUGUAUUAAUAAUCGUUUACCUUUCAUAUCUGUUCAAAGUUUAUUUCCUCCAGGGGCCUUUUGCAUUCGUGAUCAGAGUCUACUAAGUUUAAUCCGACGUCAUAGACCUCCGGAAAUCAAUCAUUUAGCGUAUGCAACUGCUCGGAUGCGUGAAUUUAUUGGGUUGAAUCAUUUCCCAAAAUAUCCACUGAGCUGGUUGGUGCAUCGUCAUAUAACCGCUCUAGGUCUUCCGGUGGUAAUGCAUGAAUUUGUACGACCUUUGUUAGAGAGACUACAGCAGGAAUGUAUUCCUGUUGGUAAAUAUAUAUACCGCUCUUUGUUAAGUUCAAUCCCCUGGCCUAGGGUCGUUCGACCGGAAGUGUUUGCAAUGGCAUUAGUUGUUAUAUUGUUACGUCUUGUAUUCAAAUUCGAUGAUACCUUUGAACAUCGACUUAGUUCUGUCGCUAAAGCUCUGGAGUUAUUUCCCAAUCGUCCAGUUAAAAGUGCUCAAACGUCGGACAUCUCAUUAUACGAUCGACCUUUUGUCUGGAUUUCAUGGGUGCAAUAUAUCGACUCACGAUUUCAUCCAUCUCACAAACUUAAUUUACAUUUGUUGAAAAGUGAUCAAAAUCCAUAUAGUAAUGCUCGAGUUCAUGAAUCUAAUCAACCAUUAGUCAUGACUGCUAAUCAAGGAUCUGAGCUACUCAACUUAGAUAAAGCUUCUGAUUUCUUAGGUUCAACCGAAUUCAAAAUUGGUCGUGAUAUUGGUUGGAAUGAGAAGAGUAUGAAAAAAAUUAAAAUAGCUGAUGCUUCAGUAAAAUUGUUACUAUCUCAGCCAUUGCGUAAUCUAUUCGAACCAUGUCAAGUGGUUGAUUUGACUGAUUCAACUUUAACUACUCAAAAUCAAUGUACGCAUCAUCAUCAAAUGGUGGUCGGUAAUUUUACAUCUGAUUCCAGUACUAACAGUAAAAAAACCACAACUUACAAAAGUUUGCUACUUUCAGAUUGCGAACAAGAUGGUUUACUAAGCCCAUUUCUCAAUACACAGUUAAACUUUUUGUAUAACGAAGAUAUUAAUGUUGAUGAUUAUAUUCCAAAUUCUUUCACUGACCAUCAAACAUUGACCGAUUCAUGCGGAUUUAAUGAAUGCACUAUAAGAGAGUGGUGGUCAGAUUUAAUAAAGCAACGAUCUGAUUACUACUCGAUUUGUAUCGGAGAAUGGUCUUCAAAUUCUUCCAGCAAAUCUCAGUGGAAAAAUCGUAAUCGUAGCAAACAGCCACUUAUUUUACCAAAACCAGUAGAAGAAUUCAUUGCUAAACAUGAUGAAAGUUUAUCCAGAGCGCUUGGUCAUGAUGAAUUAGUUCAUGCCAAACAGAACGACAAGGAUAAUUCUCCAACGGAAGAAUCUAACAAUUUCAAUGCUUCUCAGAUCUUAGAAGCUGAGGAACCUGUAUGUUUACAUUGCUCUGACCCUAGCCGAAGCAUGAAGUGGCUAGUCGACAUCUGUGCAAUGAUUUGUGGAGCGUCCAAUAUUAAAUCACUACUCAGUGAAAUUGAAUGUCUAGAACGCUUGCUUAAGUGGCAUGCGAAAGCUUCAUGUUCACACUCAGUUUCAGGAAAUGAUCCACGUCAAGUUGAUUAUGCACUUUUGUCAUUUUUUGAUUUGAAUGUAGAUAUUUGUGAAGUAUCACGAAAUCUGUAG